GGGGGCAGAGGUGUAGGAAGCCGGAAGUGGAUCGGGCCCGGGUCUGUCCGGGCGUUGCGGGUUUGGGGCCUGGGAACGGUCGGUCCCGCAGAGCUGAGGAGCCCUUGUCGGGACGGAGCGACGCCAUCCAGACACUUAAGGCCUGCUGACUGCGUGGACCCUGACAGCUUUGCUCCAGCCUUACCUGCUGCGAACCCAGUGCGUUGCUCUCCUCCCCUGGACAGGCAGGCUCUGUGCGCCCCGCGGAGGUCGGCGGCGACCAGCAGCGACCGCGGAGCUACGGCGGGCGGCCCCGGGCAUGUACGCCCCCGGAGGCGCAGGGCUGCCCGGCGGGCGCCGGCGGAGGAGCCCGGGAGGCAGCGCUUUGCCCAAGCAGCCGGAGCGUAGCCUGGCCUCAGCCCUACCGGGUGCCCUGUCCAUCACCGCGCUGUGCACUGCCCUCGCCGAGCCUGCCUGGUUGCACAUCCACGGUGGCACCUGUUCCCGCCAGGAGCUGGGGGUCUCCGACGUGCUGGGCUACGUGCACCCGGACCUGCUGAAAGAUUUCUGCAUGAAUCCUCAGACCGUCCUGCUCCUGCGGGUCAUCGCCGCCUUCUGCUUCCUGGGCAUCCUGUGUAGUCUCUCUGCAUUCCUUCUGGAUGUCUUUGGGCCCAAGCAUCCGGCCCUGAAGAUCACCCGUCGCUAUGCCUUUGCCCACAUCCUCACAGUCCUGCAGUGUGCCACCGUCAUUGGCUUUUCCUACUGGGCUUCUGAACUCAUCCUGGCCCAGCAGCAGCAACAUAAGAAGUACCACGGUUCCCAGGUUUAUGUCACCUUUGCAGUUAGCUUCUACCUGGUGGCCGGUGCUGGCGGGGCCUCAAUCCUGGCCACAGCGGCCAACCUCCUGCGCCACUACCCCACGGAGGAGGAGGAGCAGGCGCUGGAGUUGCUCUCAGAGAUGGAGGAGAACGAGCCCUACCCCGCCGAGUACGAGGUCAUCAACCAGUUUCAGCCGCCCCCGGCCUACACACCCUAGUGCCAGCCGUGGGCCGUCUGCCUCAGCAGCCCCCCUACUCAGCAGCGCCCCCACACCCAGCGGCGCGCCCUUCCCCCAACAGGCCUCACUGGUAGGAUCCCGACCGUCCUCACAAACCUUCCCUGGGGAGUUCAUGGAUCCCCACCCUCGAAACCUGGGGUUCACUGAUUUUACAUAAUGCACUGUUUCCCCUCUUGCCACGCCCCUCUCCCUCCAUGGUCAUUAGUCAUUACCAACCAGGGACGGUCAUACAUGUCUUCUCCCUCUGUGGGCUCUCUCUCUGAGACUGGGACUUUUCCUCGGGGAGCUGUGGACGGUGGACAGUCCCGGCUAGAAGCAGGUCCACAGGGCCCAGGGGAGAGGGGACCGUACCCUGUGGGCACGCUUCAUGACUGUCCCUGUCGGUCCCACAGCUGGAUCUCUGGGCCCAGCCUUGCCCCCGCACCUGCUGGGAGCGUCCAGGACCGGGCUGCCUGCUCCAUGGAGUCUCUGCACUUUAAUCUUUGGACUGCCCAUCACGCAUGGUCUGGUUUUGUAGGGAGGAGGGAUGGCUGCCUGGAAGCAGAGCAUGUGCGCUCUCCCCGCCCUGUCCCUGCCUGGUGGCCAGUGACCUGGCAAGGACGGGAGCACCUGGCGUGGGCCUGAGGCCUCCUGGUGCCUAGAAAGGAUCAGCGUGAAGGGGCCCGAAUCUCCCCAGCCCCAUCACCUUUUAAAAUGUGAGUGGUUUUAAAAGGGAAAAACAAUACUGAGCAACAGCACCAAUCCUCUCUUUUUAAACUAGUGUGACGACCAUAGAGUGUCGUUGUCCUUUCCUCCGGCUAUUUAUCCCAUUCCUUCUGGCCCUGCCGUGUCUGGGCCACGGUUCCUUCCAGCCCAUGGUGGUUCCUCCCUGAGUCUCUCCAAGCAGAAUUCAGCCCUCUUCCCUUGCUCCUUCCCUCCCGGUGACCAUAGCUUCCUGGGGCCUUCCUGUGGCCAGGGCUGAGGACUGUGGCCUGGCUGGCUGGCCAGCGUGGUGCUCCUCAGGACCCUGGCACUGAGACAUAACCUGACCUCCAUGCAGGAACAGGGCCCGCAACAGGGCAGGAACCCCCCCCCCCCCCCGCUCUGCACACAGGAACUCCAGCCAGCGGGCCCUGCUGCAUGAGGUGUCAGCCACCCUGUCAGAUUAGCGGACCUGGCUGUGUCCUUCAGGUUCAGCGUGUCUCCUAGACUGUGACUUGGGGCAUCAGCUUGCUGCAUGCGCCCAUCCCCUUCUUGAAUGUACUCUGGUCUUAACAGCGUGCUACUGGCUCUUUCUUGCCUGGCCAUCACUCCGGCAGUUCUGUUGGCCACGCAUAGCUCUGGAUGGGUUGAAGUUUCUGCCUCGAGAUCUGCGGUGUAAAGUGGGAGAAACUCCAGAGACCUUCCUUCAGUGUGGAUCCAGAGGGCCAAGCUUCUUUGGAAUCAGAGUCCAGUGCUGAGCCGAAAAGCAGAUGGACCCCCAUCUCCUCCACAGGCGAUAGACAGUAAGACCGGAGAUCAGACACCAUUGUUGAACUGUGGCUAGAAAGGGAUGGUCAUGUCCCUUGUCCUUCUUUGGCUAGACUGCCCCAGGAUAUCUGGACACGUGUGUGUGGCUGGUGAAGGCAGCAUCUGCACGUAAGUGAGCGGCUGCGUGGGGUUCACUGUGAUGCCAAAGUGUGUCCCUUGGUGACUCCAACACUCUUCCAGACUCUUCUCCUGGGGAAGAAAGACUGCACGUGAUACCUGAGCACAAAGCCAAGGAGCUAAAUUAAGUCUUGUUGCUGUAAAGUCCAAGUUCUUCCCCAGCAGACUUCCAGGGUGUGGCCAGCUCCCUCUGACCCUGGGUGUCUGAGCGGGCAGACCAGGAGACCGGGCACAGAACACGCAUGCCAAAGUGACCAGUCUUCUCAUGAGGACCCAGACAUGACCCUGUGGACCAUUCCACAUGAUUCGAAACCCACUUUUUAUUAGGUCCCCAUGCCUCUGGCCUUUCUUUCUCUUUUUCCCUGCCCUCCUGACACAGAUAGUUUGUCAUAUAAAUUCCCCUGGUUGUGUUUUUUUUUUUCCUAGAAAAGAAAAAUUAAAAAGCAAAACAAAACAAAAAACCAGAAACCACAAAUAAGAAUGUAAA